AUGGGGAAGUUGAAUAACGCCAAAAUCACGCAUCACGAACUCAGUAACCAAAAACAGAGGACCAAGGCGAAGGCGAGCAAGAAGAAGGAGCCCCUGAAGAUCACCUACAUCUCCAGCCCCACUCUGGUCAAGGCCACCAAUGCUUCCGAGUUCCGAGCUCUGGUUCAGGAGCUCACCGGAAAGGAUUCCCGGGUCGGAGAAGACGACCACGAUGAGUACAGCGAGAGAUACUAUUCGCCGGUUACGCCGUCCCCUGCCACCACCGAGGCCAGCCCGGCUAGCUCCGUCGAGGAUCAUCGGGCGCCCUACGGCUAUUCUAACAGCCUCGAUGAAUUCGAUUGCAGUUACUUGGAGAGUGGUGUUGGGGAGGAUGGGUAUUUGUCGAAUGGGAGCAACAAUGCGAUUAAUUCAAUGGCGGUGGCUGCGGUGGCCGGAGUGGCGGGGAACGCCGGCUCGUAUUCGGCGGUGGAGAGGGAGGAAGGCGGGUUUUCUUUGUGGAGAGAUGUUCCGGACACGUUUGGGAAUGGAGGGCUUCAGUACUCUCUCAAUUGUGUCUUUGUAUAG